AAUCGAAAUAAAUAUCAAACUAGUAGUAUCUCCUUGAUAUUUUUCUGAUCUGAUCUUCACUUACUUUCUAUCUGACGCGUCCAUAUCAAAGAUAUUUUCCAACUUCCAUUGGCCACAGAAUUAUCAGUCGUGGCACUUCUUCCCUCCAUUCUUUCUCUCUGUAAUUUCCCUUCUCUGCUUUUCUCCAUUGUCCGUACAAUAAUGGAGCCAAGGAUUAUCGCAGCAGUAAAAGGAUCAUCAACAUCAUCGAAGCAAGUUGAUCAAGGUUUAGCUGUAGUUAAUCUCAACUUAAAUGAGGAAGAAUUAAGCAACCGCAGAGAAUUAGUAGUUGUAGUUGAAGAACAAGUGAUUCGUUGGGAAAAGUUUCUGCCUCGGAGAUUUCUUAGGGUUUUACUUGUCGAGAAUGAUGAUUCAACACGCCAUAUUGUUACUGCUCUUCUCAGGAAAUGUAACUACCAAGUUGCUGCAGUUGCAGAUGGACUAAAGGCUUGGGCUUUGUUAAAGAAGAAACCCUACAAUUUUGAUCUUGUUCUAACAGAAGUAGUGAUGCCUUCAAUUUCUGGAAUUGGUCUACUUUCUAAGAUAAUGAACAGUGACAUAUGCAAAAGCAUCCCCGUUAUCAUGAUGUCUUCACACGAUUCUAUUGGAAUCGUGUUUAAGUGCAUGCUGAAGGGUGCCGCUGACUUUCUUGUGAAGCCAGUUAGGAAAAAUGAGUUGAGAAAUUUGUGGCAACAUGUUUGGAGAAAGUAUUGUCAGUCUGGCAGCAGUGGAGAUGGAUCUGAAAAUGGAAAACCCCAUAAAACAAAAAUGGAGACUGAUUCAGACAAUGAAGUGGCAAGUAACCACGGAAGUGAAAAUGCUGGCAUUAGAUCCAAGGAUGACGAUAGUUCAGAUAGAGGAAGCCGUACUCAAAGUUCUUGUAGGAAAUCAGAGAUGGAAAUUGAAAGUGCACAAAAGCUAGGAAAGUCUAUUCCAGAAGAUGAAAACAUAAUCUGCUGCGAGGAAACUAACCCUGAAUUAGGAAAACAUGACUUCAUUAUGGCCACAGUGUCAGCAUCAUCAACUCCUGAGAAGGAAAAGGGGAAAGAUACCGUGGUUGAAAAGGAGAUUAAGAUAACUUUAUCCAUCCAUGAUGUCGUUUCUACUGAGAAGGUUUGGGUGAAGACUGCUGUUUGUAAUGGAUCAUUACACUGGGGAGAAGGCCCAGAUUCUCUGAGAAGCGAAAAGAAUGAGGUUACUGACUCCAAACAUCUAGAUCAAAAUGAUGGAACCAGCAAACUUCCGAAAGAGAUGAUACGAUUUCUUGGCACAGCACUUACUACACAUUGUAGUGAUGAAGCAUUGGAAACUAGUAAUCAACGAGAGGAUAUCUUGUGUUCAUCUGCAAAAGCUUCUGAUAGAAAGAGGACAGCAUACAACUCUGUUUCCUCGGACUUGUUGGAGCUCUCUUUGAGAAGACCACAGCUAAACAAGGAAGAGGAAGUCCUCCAGACAAAGCAUGUCUUAAAUCACUCCAUUGCAUCCGCAUUUUCAAGGUACAGAAAUCAAAGGAAUCACUUCUCUUGUCCAAGAACUGGAUCUUCACCAGCUACUAAAAUUGAUGAAGGUGAUGAUCUUCAUCAUGACAUUCUUGAAAAAGCUGGUAACGGAAGGGGAGUUCCUUUGUCGCAUAUUGAAACUGCAUCACUUGGAAGAGAAACUCCUAUGAACUGCCAGUUCUCAUCUGGUUGUGACAAAGAACUUGAAGAAAAUUCAGGAUCCGUUCGCUCAAAGGAAACCGCAUGUUUAGGUAGUUCUUCUAGUAAGGAAGUUUCUGCUCACCCUCAACUUGAGGUAAUACAAUUUCCUAUUCCUGUUGGAGCGAUCCCUUUCCACAGUACGGUUGCUGGCUUUGGUACUAUGAUGCAACCAAUUUUCUGUCCCGACCGUUCUAUACCUCAUUUUGGUCAGAAGGACGUAUGUGCAACUCCUGACCCAUUCUCCCACAAAAACACUCAAUCUGUAAAUAGCAUCUUAAAUUGGAGUUCUCGUCAGUAUCUCGGAAAUCAACAUUCAGAUCGUUUGACGCAAGGCACGGAAGCACAAAGGACUCAUACUGAACCAGCAUAUCCAAGACCAAGAGUAGUAGCACAUCUUCCUGGUGAACAGGUCGACCUAGGUGGUAACUGUAAUUUUUCUAUCACCGUAGGCAGUGGAAGCAAUGGCGCGUCUGAGGAAAUAAGUGUGCCUGGCAACAAUGGAACUGCUCCAGAGACUGGAAAUGAAGAUAAAUAUAUCAGCUCUAAUGGGAAAGGUUUAGACCCUAAUCGUUCUAGACGCGAGGCUGCACUGACCAAAUUCCGGUUAAAAAGAAAAGACCGAUGUUUUGAGAAAAAGGUAAGAUAUCAGAAUAGGAAAAAGCUUGCAGAGCAACGACCACGAAUUAAAGGGCAAUUCGUGCGUCAACCAGUUGGUGACCAACCACUAUAGCAGCAAGGGAAGAAGUUCGAGUUAUGAUAUUUAACAGAUUCAUACAUUUUUAGCCAUGAUACAAAUUUCAAAGGUAUCAAACGAGGCCUGCCCAGUCCCCAGCUUCUUUGGCUGCAGAAACAAGUAGCUUUCGGAGGGCACCUUCAUAGAAGGGGGCAUAGUUCCCAGUCCCACUGAUUAAUGUACUAUUUCUAAUUCCUAAAAUGCCUGGUAAUGCAACAAUUCCUCCUAUUUUCCUAGUUCAGAAAAGGAAGAUUUUCUUAGGCAUGAUUAACAUCCCUAUGAUAAUCUUGAUUUUUCCUUGUGAACGUUGGUUCAUGUAUACGAGGCAGGUAUAUUGAUUAUUGGUGGUUGUCGUGGAGCUUAACUACCCCGAAUAAUGACAAGAAAACUUUACAAAGCACUGCACGAGGAAGAUCCAUUACUGUGAUAGUUGAGGUUUACCCCUUUAUUUUGAAAGUGAAGGUAUGCUGGAGACCACGCAUAUGGUUAGUUUCCUUUUUUGCCUGUUAGGGAUCAUGUGCUACCUACUGUUGCUCCAAAGAAUGUUCUUAGGUCCAACAUUCAUUUAUAGCUUUUAGGUGAGCAAUUAAAUUCCUAUUAUUUGUUUGUUGUAUCAGACAUAUACUCUGAUAACAGAACUUGUGUCUCACAUGUCAUGGAGUCUCAACUUCAUUCUGGUUUCCUGAUUAUCUAAUUGGAGAUGGAUGAUUGUAGAUUCUUUUUCUUACUUUAUAGUGCUACACACUCCUUUUCCGGGUUGAA